CACAGACUUUAUGAGUGGAUUGUUGUUGUUGUGAUCGUCUCUAACCUCUCACGGUGCAGUUCUCUGACUGACCAGCUCAUGAAUAUUCAGCAGGGGAGUCUUUCAAGGACCGCCCACUUCAACCGACGCGGUUCAGCGUCAUCGGACGCGCAACAUCCCCGGCGCUUUCAUCAGACUUUCCUGGUCCGCGAGGAAGAACGGUGCGAUUUGGACUGGACUCUCUUCUCUAAAUAUCUAUAUAAAAAAAAAAAGACAAUAGAAAAGUAGUAAAGAUGUCUUUAAGAGGACAAGUUUCACAUCUUCUCAGAAAUCUACUCGGCCGCGCACACACUCAGCAGAGCAGGGCUCAGUCUGUGGCUGUACUCGGCGCCCCGUUUUCACGAGGACAGAAAAGAAGAGGUUUGGAACACGGGCCAAAGGUCAUCAGAGAAGCAGGACUCAUCGAGCGGCUCUCCGGUUUAGAUUACUCGGUCCACGACUUUGGCGACCUCAACUUUCACCACCCAGAGAAAGAUGAACCGUACAUGGAAGUGAAUUCCCCUCGUACAGUGGGUGCGGCAAAUAAGGCCCUGUCUGGAGCAGUGAGCAGGGCUAUCGGUGCGGGCCACACCCUCGUAAUGCUCGGAGGUGAUCACAGCCUUGCCAUUGGAUCAGUGAGUGGCCACGCCCAGCAGUGUCCUGACCUGUGUCUCAUCUGGGUCGAUGCUCACGCAGACAUCAACACACCCAUGACCUCUCCGUCGGGAAAUCUCCACGGCCAGCCUGUGGCAUUCAUGCUCAAAGAACUGCAAGACAAGAUGCCAGCGCUGCCCGGCUUUUCCUGGCUGAAGCCAUUCCUCUCUGCGAGGGACCUGGUGUACAUCGGUCUGCGGGACGUGGACCCUGGAGAGUACCACCUCCUGAAGAACCUGGGUGUCCAGUACUUCACUAUGAGGGACAUUGACAGACUUGGCAUCCAAAGGGUGAUGGAAGCCACGUUUGACCAUCUUAUGGCAAGAAAACAGCGACCGAUCCACUUGAGCUUUGACAUCGACGCCUUCGACCCGUCUCUUGCUCCCGCCACAGGGACUCCAGUCAACGGAGGUUUGACCUACAGGGAGGGAAUCUACCUCACAGAGGAAAUCCAUAAUACAGGCCUGUUGUCAGCCAUGGAUCUGGUAGAGGUGAAUCCCGUGUUGGGGGCCAACCCCGAAGCCGUGGACGCCACCGCGUCGUUAGCGGUUGACGUCAUCGCGUCAUCUCUCGGACAGACGAGAGAGGGCGCUCGCGUGUCCAUCGACGAGAUUCCAGCGGCGAAGGACGACACAGAGCAGCUCCGCCUCUGAGACCAGGAAUCGCAGCUAUGAACUUUAUGGACAUCAUCCCGUGAGCAUUCCCGCAAGUUUUAACUGAGGACUGCAAAGACUGAUUCUAACAGUAGAGAAAACCUUUUGUUUCCGUCUUUUUGCUGUUUAUUGUAGUGUUUGAUGAUGAAACCGGUGCAAGGGCUUCACACACCUGUGGAGAGAAGCUCACCCCCAAAAAAGCCCUCAAUGAAGAGACUACUACAAGUGUUGAUGGUGAUACUGCUCGGUUUAACUGCAAUACUAACUUAUUGUGUCGAUAAAGUAAUAAGUUAAGUAUUACAGGACACGGCUGCCACAUGUUUAUUAUGUGGUUGGUGUACAAGAGACUGAACCUGCCUUUAAAAGGCAUGAUAAAUCAAGACUUAGUUUAAUGUCCUCUACAUGGACUGUCUAAACUGCUUUGUGCCAGUUGUAAAAACUAGUAAUGAUGAGUGUGCACUUUUGGACCAGACGUAGUAAUAGAAUUUACUGAAGGAGUUUUUGUAUUUACAUAGUGAACCUAUUGGAACAGUACUUGUACUAGAACUACUGCAUGUAUAGAUUUCCUGACUAAGUAUUGAUUGAUUUCUAGCUUUUCUUACAAAAGCUGUGGAAAGAAAUGACUAUUUGUAGACACAUCUGUCUAUGUCUCAUGUGAUGAAGCCACUGAAAGUUUUGUCCUUGUAACAGAGUUUAUAUUUUGGUUUCCCAUAAACGUGUUUACAUUUA